AUGGAGCAGCAGGCGAUCUACGGCUUUCUCGGCGAACUACAGACGGAGAAUUACCGAGCCCGCGACGAGGAUGUUGACGUGUGGAUCCUACAACUUCUGGAAGGGCCCCAAGAUGCGGCAAACCAAAAUGAUUGCUUAUCAGAUGAUUUGCCUCCUCCCUCUCCAUUGCCAGACGCAAAUGGCCAUCAUCAGGUAUGCGGUUAUGGAAUUCACCAAAUAGACACUGAGAUGCUUAACUUUAACAACCUGACAGAACCUAGGAAGACUGGCCCAAGAGGAACUCGGAAGAGAAGGACGUCUCCAUGGAAUCCGAUGUUCUACACAAGUAGGAAAAACAAUAGCCGGUGGACUGCUAAAGAAGUAGAGAGGCUGGUACAAGGUGUCUCUAAAUUUGGUGUUGGACGAUGGACCAUGUUGAAGCAGAAUUUUUUCAAAAGGUCAAUCAGGACAGCAGUGAAUCUUAAGGACAAGUGGAGAAAUCUCUUGAAAGCUUACCAGGAAGGUUCACAAAAAACUACACAGUUGCAUCUUGAGCCAUCGUUGGUUGAACGGAUCAGGAAGCUGGCAGAUAAAAGGCACAUAUAG